GAGCAAGCAUAACUUAUAUUUACAUAUGUAUAUAUAUUUACCACUUUCAAGAACUAAAGAAAUUUCGCGUUUUAUUGUGAUUUAAUCGAUAUCGUAGACAAUUAAGGCGCACGAUAAAAGUCAUAAACCUACGCGCGGUGUAGGCGCGCGCACUUUCGGCCCGGUGACCGACCGGCGCGAACGCACGUUACCGGUUCAAAUUAUAACGUGAAAACGUUAAAUAAAUAAACGGUAAACGUUUUAAAUAAAAAUUUUAACGUUUUAAAAAGCCAAUUGAGAAAAGCUUAAUUUUAUACAAUUGUGUAUUUUAACUUAGUUGACUUAUGACAAAAACUUAUUCUUUAAACUUAAAGUUGUGACUUAGUGUUUGUUUGUUUGUUUUUAUUUGAACGAUGGAUCCAGAGAAGAAACAAAACGAGGUGACAGUGGACGAUAUUUUGCACGAUUUGGGACCGUUUAAAAAGUUUAACAUAUGGAAUUAUUUUUUAAUUUUGAUACCGGUUUUCCUCGCUGGGAUGUACUCGUCAGUGUUUAACUUUGAAGUGUUAGACUUGAAUUACAGAUGUGCAGUCCCUGAAUGCGUCGACAACCCUGACGCGUUGAACUACACCAUACCGCGCCUCGACGACGGCGGCUUCGCGAAGUGCCUCCGCUAUGGCACCUUCAGUAACUCGACCAACAGCUCGUGCUCCGCUGAUGCCUUCGACACUUCCGUGGAGCUUGAGUGCGACGAGUACGUCUAUUUGGAAGAACAUUCUAUUGUCAAAGAAUUCAACCUGGCCUGCCAAGACUGGAAGCGGACCCUAGUGGGCACUGUCCACAACGCCGGGUUCUUCGUAUCCAUUCCCCUCACUGGAUUAGUCUCGGACAAGUUUGGCCGCCGGCUCGCCGUGGUCUUUGCUUGCGUGUCGAAUGGUGUCUUCGGGCUGAUCCGGGCGCUGUCGGUCAACUACAACAUGUUUGUGGUGUUUGAGUUUUUGGAGCCAGCGUUCGGGGGUGGGGUUUAUACUGCGUGUUUUGUGCUGGCCCUCGAGUUAGUGGGUCCAAAAGGCCGUGUCCUCGUGAGUCUCCUCUUCAAUACCAUGUUCAUCCUCGGAGGCGUCACCGUGACUCUCCUCUCCCUGUGGCUGCAGAACUGGAGAUAUCUGCUUUUCAUCAUCUACACGCCUGCAGUCUUUGUGUUCCUGUAUAUGUGGAUGCUGACUGAGAGCUUCAGAUGGUUCUUCAGUAAAGGACGCUACGAUGAGGGCCUAAAAGUCUUAAGUAAAGCGGAAAAAAUGAACAACGUCGUGGUACCCAAAGAACAUUACGAUCAAAUCGAAAAGCAAGCCAUUCAGCAAAGAGACGCAAGAAAAUGCGAGAACAUUGCUACCAACCAAUCAUCGUUCAAGCAGAUUCUGACUUCCAGUAUGAUUUGGAAGAGAGUUUUCACCGUAUCUUUCCUCUGGACAUGCUCUACUUUGGUCUACUAUGGCUUGUCUAUAAAUGCUAUAGAAUUGUCUGGGAAUAGUUAUCUGAACUAUAUUGUGGUGAUCGUGAUCGAGGCGCCGGCAAAUGUCUGCAAACUUAUAUUGUUGGAUAGAUAUGGACGAAAGAAGGUGAUUGCUAUCGCGUUCUUCUUGACAGCUCUGAUAUUGAUCAACUACGGAUUCGUCCCUGCUGGCAUGUGGUCCCUGGUAUUCUAUUUGGGCGGCAAGUUCUUCAUAACCCUCGCCUACAACUCUUUAUACGUAUUCGCGGCUGAAGUGUUCCCGACCAACUACAGGACGACGCUUCUCGCGCUGUGUUCAACUAUAGGGAGGACCGGCUCCGCCGUUGCUCCUAUGACGCCACUUCUGGCGCGCGUGUACGAGUACCUACCAACCAUAGUGUUCGGGGUAAUGGCCGCCAUGUCCGGCCUCCUGGUACUCACGUUACCAGAGACCAACAACCAGAAGCUGCCGGACUCGCUCAAGGAGGCCCAGGAUCAGGAUAGAAAGGAUGUGCAGGAGGAUCCCGAUGUUCGGGAAACUAGUAAAACUAGGUUAUAACUUAGCGUUUUUUACAACUACCUAUACUUAUAAGAUAAUUUAUAAAUUUGAUUAACACGGUUAUCGUGACUGCAGCUCAUACACUGUAAGGGCUUGAAAAUGGAGCAAUAGGCUCAUCUAAACAUGACGUGCGAGUGACUAAAAUUACGUUAGUAACCGUAAGAUUACCUUAGUGUAAGUCCUGAGUGGACGCUAGAGUUGGGCGUGCAGCGGGGCGGGACGUGCGGCGUGCAUGUUAAACAAAUGCAAACGUAUAGGGGCGGCCGCAGUGCACGCUGCUCACAUCACUUGUGAGCCCGACGCCACGCUGCACGCCCCACCGAACGCUCCGCUUCGAGCGUCCACUCAGGCCUUAUACUUAAUGUUCGUAUGACUCACGGCAGUAUAAAUACUUUAAAUUCGAUUCUUUAAAGAUCUAUUAAACUAAGGGUCUGUUUCACAAUGUCCAAGUAAAGUCCUCAAUUAGCUACUUGCCACUUAUCUGACGAAUAAAGUGAUCGUUGGGGUUUCAAAAUCUUCAAAUAAGCACCUCUGGCAGUUAAUUUAUUUGUUAAUUAGCUAUCCAAUAAUUUACCCACUCUUUGUGAAACAGACCCUAAGUCAGUUAAUAAUGACAAACUGUUAGUAAUUUAGGUGUGUUCUAGUUUUUUGAUUUGGCAUAAUUUAUCUUUAUCCCUAAGUUAGGCGAGUACGAUCAUACCUGUAAACAAAUAGUGAAAAUAACUUUAGCAACCACGUUGAACGUAGAAGUUGCUAAUAUUUAAUACAAAUAUACCUACUGGUGCUAAAUUACGACGAGGGACCUUCCUGAAUAUAACAUGAUUAUAUAAGUAAAACUAACCUAGAUUUAUAAUAAUAACAAUAUUUGGUAACCUAACCUAAAAGUUGAUAAAUUAAAUAAUUCGUAAGUUCUAUGACUAUCAUCUAGGGCCCAUUUGGGUAACGGUAUCAGGCCAAUAUUAUUAUUAAUCCAUAAACUGGGAUUUCUCAAACGGUAUUAGUCUAAUAUUAUUAGUGUGUUGCCGUGGUAACCUAUAACAACCUGACAGUUCGUGGACUUAUGAGUAUGUAUGUAAU